GAGCCGGCACAUACGGAAUGCUUCCAGUAUCACAAUUUUAUAAGGUUACACAGCGGCUACCACCCCAGCUGGCAGGCAGGUCCCUGCGUCCACGCCUUCCGUAACGCUGUGUCUGUCUCUGAUCACCCUUCCACCCAGAGGAGAGAGCCACCAGCGGUGCUGUCCUCAGGGUGAAAUCAGCCGGGGACCUCAGACAAGACUGAGCGUAAAGGCUUCCGCCCCGGGCGGCGUGAGUGAGGGUCCUCCGCGCACUAGUUCCACCUGAUGGCCUGUCAUUGUCAGCGCUGGGACAGAACUGAGAUUGGGGACCUGUAAACACGAUUUUGCCACCAUGCUUCCUGCGGUUGCCGUUCUGUGGUUGGUGACGGCGCUGGUCACCGGAGUACCCGCCGAGCUUGUGCCCAGGAUCACAUUCCAGCACGGGGACCCCUCCAGGUCGGUAAAUGUCUUCACCCAGCCCAGCGUCCAGAACUACGACCAGUUCCAGCUCUCAGGGGACCAGGAGACGCUGUAUGUUGGAGCCAGAGACAGAAUUCUAGCUCUCAGCACCAAGGACCCCAUUAAUGUCCAACUACUACGAGAGAUUUACUGGCCGCCCGACGAGGGACAGAUCAGCAACUGUAAGACCAAGGCACGGAAAGAGACGGAGUGCUUUAAUUUCAUCCGCCUGCUUCUCCCUGUAAACGAUACUCACCUGUACACCUGCGGGACCAACGCCUUCAGUCCGCACUGCACGUACAUUGAUUUAAACACGUUUUCUUUGCCAACCAACCACAUGAAUGAGACCGUGGUCACUGACGGGAAAGGUCGCUCACCCUUUGACCCUCGACAUAAACGCACCUCUGUCAUGGCCGAAGGGGAGCUAUAUACUGGAACAAGUUAUAAUUUCUUGGGCAAUGACCCCGUCAUCCUCCGAACCCUCGGCAACAAGACGUCUCUGAAGACGGAAGCGUCCCUGGGCUGGUUGCACUCGGACGCCUCCUUUGUAGGAUCCUUCUACAUCCCAGGCUCCGAGUCGGACGGGAAGGUCUAUUUCUUCUUCGAAGAGACCGCAAAGGAGUUUGAUUUCUUCGACAAGUUGACGGUGUCCCGAGUCGCCCGGGUUUGCAAAAAUGACGUUGGUGGGGAUAAGGUCCUACAGAGGAAAUGGACCACGUUCCUGAAGGCCCAGCUGGUCUGCUCGCACCGCAACAACUUUCCCUUUAACGUCCUGCGCCACGUGGCCUUCCUGUAUCCUGGGGACCCCCAGAAGAGCACUUUCUAUGGGGUGUUCAGCUCUCAGUGGCAGGUGGGUGGUUCCAGCAGCUCCGCCGUCUGCUCCUUCAAACUAAAGGACAUUGAGACGGUUUUCAACGGGAACUACAAGGAGCAGAACAAAGAGAGUUCCAAGUGGACGAGAUACACAGGACCAGUGUCCAAUCCACGGCCCGGCAGUUGCUCCUCAGGGAAAUUCUCAGACACCGACCUCAACUUCAUGAAAGAUCACUUCCUGAUGGAUGAUCAAGUUUCUCCAGUCGGCAAGGACCCCGUGCUUAUCAAACAGAGCGUCAGCUAUACGCAGAUUGCCAUAGACUCUGUCCAGGCCUUACACGGUACCUACACAGUGAUGUACCUGGGCACAGGCACGGGUUCCUUGCACAAGGCCGUCCUGGUGAAAGAUGGCACAGAAUCUCACAUCAUCGAGGAGCUAGAUCUACUGCCAAACUCAGAGCCCAUUGAGACCCUUCAACUGGUUCCCAGCAAGGAAAUCCUAUACGUUGGCUCCACAGCCGGCAUCCUGCAGAUUCCCCUGGCCAACUGCAGCGUCUACAGGACCUGUUUCGAGUGUAUUCUGGCCAGAGACCCUUAUUGCGCCUGGAACUUGCAAAGCCGGGAAUGCCAGAGCACCCCAAAGGAUGGUAACUUAGCUUUCUGGCUGCAGGACAUAGAGACCGGAAACCCGAAUAGCACUUGUCUCAGCCCUACGUCGAAACUAAGAUCUACCCGACCGGGGCCGGACACGGACAACCCCCCAAUGAGAGCUGAGAACUACACGGCCUCUUAUAACACCAUCCUCAAACUGCAGUGUCCGGAGCUGUCUUCCCUGGCCACCUACAGCUGGAAGAGGCUGGGACAAGCCACCGAGAAACAGAUGGUCACCUCCAAGGAAACUCUGAUAGUCAUUGUGAGGAGCGACACUCUGGGGCUGUACGAGUGCUGGGCCAACGAGAAUGGGUUUAAGUACAAAGUGGCUCAGUACUGGGUGAAAGACCCCAACGGGGUUGACGUCAGCCACCGAGGCACCGGUGACGGUAACUUCGGCUUGGAGAAUGACCUGUCCUUCAGCAGCCACGAGCAGAAUUACUACAAACCUUUUGUGGCGGUGACGGUGCUGCUGACAUUGACGCUCUGUGGGGGCUUGUUCCUGACUCUCUACACCUGCCGGGACCGAAUCAAAGUGAAGAGCAAAAUUCAGGGUUGCAGCACCCCAGAGACGGAGAAACUGUCCGCCUCCAAACAGCCGGACAAAACCCCUCUGAAUGGCUUAUACCAAAAUGUUGGCAACUUUGCCCAACCGUGCUGCCCUAUGGGUAGGGCCAACGGGAACAUGGAUGUGGACAAUAAUAGCGUGAACAUGAUGCCCAAUGGGGCGAUGGAGGGAGCUGCUGAUGUCUAAGCUAGGUAGAUCAUUCCUGUUAUAUACCAUUCUCACCUUUCCUGUCCGCCUGCGGUGCAGCAGCCGGUAGCUGUCCCCGGAUGUGCCCGGCACUCAACAGGUUCUACAACAGCUUUGAACUUCACCGUUUGUGGGAAGUUACUUAAAAUUUAAAUUGGGCUGGAGCCUUCUACCUCCGUGGCUGAGAGACACCGCCCCACCCAGCGGGACCAAAUGAAAACUUGUUUUACAAUAAGCCACGACGGGUGAUUGGUCCAAGUAGCCAGAAACCUCUUGCCCCUUGGGUACAUCCUGUCGCCCUUUUUAUAAUGUGAACGCCAUUGUAUAUAGAGAAAUGACAUGAUCACUGCCGGACAGACGGCAGCUGCAGCGGUGCUGUGUCAAACCCAGCACUGGUACCCUCGCCGAGCCAGCGGGAUCUCUGGGUACCCCUCCUGCCACGCUCCACCAGCACACAAGAAGCAUUACUGCCAGGGGGCGGGCUGCCUGUCAUUACGCAGCAAUGACUUCUGCAUGUGUACUACAUGUGACCAAAGUACAAGUGUGUCUAUAGAGUGUGUGUAUACACCGAUCACCCUCCAUACAGUGUACAGUGUGUGUGUAUACACUGAUCAACCUCCAUGCAGUGUACAGUGUGUGUGUGUGUGUGUGUGUGUGUGUAUACACUGAUCAACCUCCAUGCAGUGUACAGUGUGUGUGUGUGUGUGUAUACACUGAUCAACCUCCAUGCAGUGUACAGUGUGUGUGUAUACACCGAUCACCCUCCAUGCAGUGUGUGUGUGUGUAUACACGGAUCACCCUCCAUACAGUGUACAGUGUGUGUGUAUACACCGAUCACCCUCCAUACAGUGUACAGUGUGUGUGUAUACACCGAUCACCAUCCAUACAGUGUACAGUGUGUGUGUGUACACCGAUCACCCUCCAUACAGUGUGUGUGUGUGUGUGUAUACACCGAUCACCCUCCAUACAGUGUGUGUGUGUGUGUACACCGAUCACCCUCCAUACAGUGUACAGUGUGUGUGUAUACACCGAUCACCCUCCAUACAGUGUGUGUGUGUGUGUACACCGAUCACCCUCCAUACAUUGUGUGUGUGUACACCGAUCACCCUCCAUACAGUGUACAGUGUGUGUGUAUACACCGAUCACCCUCCAUACAGUGUGUGUGUGUGUGUGUACACCGAUCACCUUCUGUACAGUGUGUGUGUGUGUGUGUGUGUGUGUGUGUGUGUGUGUGUGUAUACACUGAUCAACCUCCAUGCAGUGUACAGUGUGUGUGUGUGUGUGUGUGUGUGUGUAUACUGAUCAAUCUCCAUGCAGUGUGUGUGUGUGUGUGUAUACACUGAUCAACCUCCAUGCAGUGUACAGUGUGUGUGUGUGUGUAUACACUGAUCAACCUCCAUGCAGUGUACAGUGUGUGUGUGUAUACACUGAUCAACCUCCAUGCAGUGUACAGUGUGUGUGUGUAUACACGGAUCAACCUCCAUGCAGUGUACAGUGUGUGUGUGUAUACAUGUAUCACCCUCCGUGCAGUGUACGUGUGUAUACACGGAUCACCCUCCAUACAGUGUGUGUGUAUAUACACGGAUCACCCUCCAUGCAGUGUACAGUGUAUGUGUGUAUAUACAUGGAUCACCCUCCAUGCAGUGUACAGUGUAUGUGUGUAUAUACACGGAUCACCCCCCAUGCAGUGUACAGUGUGUGUAUAUACACGGAUCACCCUCCAUGCAGUGUACAGUGUGUGUGUAUAUACACGGAUCACCCUCCAUGCAGUGUACGUGUGUAUAUACACGGAUCACCCUCCAUGCAGUGUACAGUGUAUGUGUGUAUAUACACGAAUCACCCUCCAUGCAGUGUACAGUGUGUGUGUAUACACGGAUCACCCUCCAUGCAGUGUACAGUGUGUGUGUGUGUGUAUGUAUAUAUAUAUAUAUAUAUAUAUAUAUAUAUAUAUAUAUAUAUACACGGAUCACCCUCCAUGCAGUGUACAGUGUGUGUAUACAUGGAUCAACCUCCAUGCAGUGUACAGUGUGUGUGUAUAUACACGGAUCACCCUCCAUGCAGUGUACAGUGUGUGUGUGUGUAUACACGGAUCACCCUCCAUGCAGUGUACAGUGUGUGUAUACACGGAUCACCCUCCAUGCAGUGUACAGUGUACGUGUGUGUGUGUGUGUGUGUGUGUGUGUGUCUGUAUAUACACGGAUCACCCUCCAUGCAGUGUACAGUGUGUGUGUGUAUACACGGAUCACCCUCCAUGCAGUGUACAGUGUGUGUGUGUGUGUGUGUGUGUGUAUACACAGAUUACCCUCCAUGCAGUGUACAGCAUACCUCCCAACGUGACCCUCUCCAGGAGGGACAGAAUGCUCUGCUUCUGGACUUCCCUCUUAAUAUAUGAUUGCCCUCACCUGUGGUGAAACACCUUUCUUAUCCAUCAACCUGUUCAAAACAGGUGAAGGCAAUCAUAAAUUGAGAGGGAAGUCCAGAAGCAGAGCAUUCUGUCCCUCCUGGAGAGGGUCAUGUUGGGAGGUAUGGUACAGUGUGUGUGUAUAUACACGGAUCACACUCCAUGCAGUGUACAGUGUGUGUGUGUGUAUAUACACGGAUCACACUCCAUGCAGUGUACAGUGUGUGUAUAUACACGGAUCACCCUCCAUGCAGUGUACAGAGUGUGUGUGUAUAUACACGGAUCACACUCCAUGCAGUGUACAGUGUGUGUAUAUACACGGAUCACCCUCCAUGCAGUGUACAGAGUGUGUGUGUAUAUACACGGAUCACACUCCAUGCAGUGUACAGUGUGUGUAUAUACACGGAUCACCCUCCAUGCAGUGUACAGUGUGUGUGUGUGUGUGUAUAUACACGGAUCACACUCCAUGCAGUGUACAGUGUGUGUGUGUGUAUAUACACGGAUCACACUCCAUGCAGUGUACAGUGUGUGUAUAUACACGGAUCACCCUCCAUGCAGUGUACAGAGUGUGUGUGUAUAUACACGGAUCACACUCCAUGCAGUGUACAGUGUGUGUAUAUACACGGAUCACCCUCCAUGCAGUGUACAGAGUGUGUGUGUAUAUACACGGAUCACACUCCAUGCAGUGUACAGUGUGUGUAUAUACACGGAUCACCCUCCAUGCAGUGUACAGUGUGUGUGUAUAUACACGGAUCACACUCCAUGCAGUGUACAGUGUGUGUAUAUACACGGAUCACCCUCCAUGCAGUGUACAGUGUGUGUAUAUACACGGAUCACCCUCCAUGCAGUGUACAGUGUGUGUGUGUAUACACGGAUCACCCUCCAUGCAGUGUACAGAGUGUGUGUAUUAUCGGUGUAUAGGUGUACAGGUCCCUGUUUGGGAUGCGUUUCCGCAUCUGUCUCCUGUUGUUGCAGUACCGUAUCAGUAUUAUAGGGGGCGCUGUGUGCAUGAAGAGUCGAAGCCAAGUGUGUUUUUGUUUUUUAUUAUUAUUUAUAAAAGAUUAAAUAGAA